AUGGCUCCCAACGGAAACAGCGCUUUCAGUGACUAUGGUCAAGACUUCUCCCACAUCACUGACCCCGUUGAGCGCCGCCGUCUGGCUCUCGCCCGGAUCGACAAGGCCCGCUUCGGAUGGCACCAUGUCCGCGCCGUGGUGGUCGCCGGCGUGGGAUUCUUCACUGACUCCUACGACAUCUUCGCCAUCAACCUAGCUGUGAGUAUGCUGGGCGUGGUCUUCUGGCGGGACGCCAAGUCCAACCCCGGCAAGAUGCCUUCCAGCGUGGACACUGCCAUCAAGGUAUCGACGUCGGGCGGCACGGUGAUCGGCCAGCUGUUCUUUGGAUGGCUGGCGGACCGUAUCGGCCGCAAGAGGAUGUAUGGCAUCGAGUUAAUUAUCAUCAUCAUGGCUACCCUCGCUCAGGCCUUGGCGUCUGAGUCCCGCGCUAUUUCCAUCACUGGUCUGCUGAUCUUCUGGCGUGUGGUCAUGGGCAUUGGUAUUGGUGGGGACUACCCGUUGUCCUCUGUCAUUACCUCGGAAUUCGCAACUACCAAAUGGCGCGGUGCCAUGAUGGCGGCUGUCUUUGCCAUGCAAGGCUUCGGCCAGCUCGGUGCUGCAAUCAUCGCCCUGAUAGUCACUGUGGGAUUCAAGGAGUCCCUGAUGGCUGCCAAAGGUGUCGGCCAUUGCACUGGAGAUUGCCAGCUGGCCGUGGACAAGAUGUGGCGGGUGAUAAUCGGCUUCGGAGCUGUGCCCGCCUGCCUUGCUCUCUACUACCGGCUCACCAUCCCCGAGACUCCCCGCUACACCUUCGAUGUUGCCCGCGACGUUGUGAAAGCCGGUGAGGAUAUUCGUGCCUACAUGAACGGCCAGAGUGAGGGCAACCCCGACGAGAUCCAGCGCAUCACGAUCAUGCACAAUGAUAGUUUCGAGCUCCUCACCCGCAAGGCCAGCUGGGGUGACUUCUGGCGCCACUACCUGAAGUGGCGCUAUGGAAAGGUCCUUCUAGGGACUGCCGGGUCCUGGUUCUUCCUUGAUGUUGCCUUCUACGGCCUGGGCCUGAACAACUCCAUCAUCCUCGGGGCUAUUGGCUGGACUGGCGGAAAUAAUGUCUACGAGACUUUCUACCGCAACGCCGUGGGCAACCUGAUCCUGAUCGUCGCCGGUGCCAUUCCCGGCUACUGGAUGACAGUGGCGACAGUGGACAAGUUGGGUCGCAAGCCCAUCCAAAUCACAGGGUUUGUGAUUCUGACAAUCAUCUUUAUUAUCAUCGGCUCCGCCUACAAGUCCCUGAAGCAUUCCCACAACGGCCUGCUGGGUUUGUACGUGCUCGCCCAGUUCUUCUUCAACUUCGGGCCCAAUCCCACCACCUUCAUCGUGCCCGGUGAGUGCUUCCCCACGCGUUACCGCUCCACCUCCCACGGUAUCAGCGCUGCCUCGGGCAAAAUCGGUGCUAUUAUCGCGCAGUGUGUCUUUGGGCCUCUCGUCCACCGCGGCGCCAAGAACCCGUCUGAUUCGCCCUGGCUCAACCAUGUCAUGCAGAUCUUCGCGCUGUUUAUGCUGUGCGGCUGCUUCACAUCGUUGCUGAUCCCUGAGACCAAGCGGAAGACUCUUGAGUAUCUCUCAGGCGAUGAGCCAGCCAGCCCGAACAGCGAGGUCACUCAGGACGAGGAGGCGGUUAAUGGUACCGGCGGUCCGAAGGUGCCCACCAUGGCCGCUGUUCAGGGCAGCUAG